AAACUGAAAAUUCACGCUCGAGUAAUUCAAUUCAACAAGGCACGUGGUUUGGUCGAUUCUCGUUUUCAACCAAGAUUCCUUUUCGUUAGUAAACAUGGCGGACGAAAUUGGGAAAAAUCAGAGUCCAGAUGACGCAUCUACGUUCGCUUCUUUGGGUGUAGUCGAUGUUCUGUGUCAAGCAUGUGAAAGGCUUGGUUGGAAAAGCCCUACAAAAAUUCAGAAAGAGGCUAUACCUGUUGCACUGGAAGGCAAAGACUUGAUUGGAUUGGCAGAAACUGGCUCUGGCAAAACAGGAGCAUUUGCCGUUCCUGUAUUACAGGCACUUCUUGAAAACCCACAAAGGCUAUUUGCCCUUGUUCUCACUCCUACAAGGGAGUUGGCAAUCCAGAUAUCAGAACAGUUUGAAGCCCUCGGUUCCUCAAUCGGAGUUAAAUGUGCUGUCGUAAUUGGUGGUAUUGACAUGGUUACACAGGCAGUAGCUCUAGCCAAAAAGCCCCAUAUAAUUAUUGGGACACCGGGAAGACUCAUCGACCACUUGGAAAAUACAAAGGGCUUCAGUUUGCGAUCUUUGAAAUACUUAAUAAUGGACGAGGCAGAUCGAAUUUUGAAUAUGGAUUUUGAAGAAGAAGUUGAUAAAAUACUUAGAAUUAUCCCAAAAGAAAGAAGGACUUAUUUAUAUUCUGCAACUAUGACUAAAAAGGUUCAAAAAUUGCAGCGAGCCUCGCUGCAGAAUCCCGUGAAAGUAGAAGUAUCAACCAAGUAUACCACAGUUGAAAAAUUGCAACAAAGCUAUUUAUUUAUUCCCCACAAGUUCAAGGACUGCUAUCUUGUUAGCAUACUAAACGAUCUUGCUGGCAAUUCAUUCAUGGUAUUCUGCGGAACUUGCAAUAACGUUCAAAGAAUCACCUUGCUGCUUCGCCAUUUGGGGUUUCAAGCAAUACCACUCCAUGGACAAAUGAGCCAGUCAAAACGUUUGGGAACAUUGAACAAAUUCAAGUCAAAAGAGAAAUCAAUUUUGAUAGCGACUGAUGUGGCAAGCAGAGGGCUGGAUAUACCUCAUGUCGACAUUGUUGUUAAUUUUGACAUUCCGACUCACUCAAAGGAUUACAUCCAUCGUGUGGGAAGAACUGCACGCGCCGGCAGAUCUGGAAGAUCGAUAACAUUUGUGACACAGUAUGAUGUUGAAUUGUACCAGCGAAUUGAACAGCUGAUUGAGAAGAAACUGCCGUUGUACCCAACUGUUGAGGAGGAGGUCAUGCUGCUUGUCGAGAGGGUCACUGAAGCUCAGAGAUUCGCAAAAAUGGAACAACGUGAUAUCGGGGAAAAGAGGAAAAGACCAUUAAAUGCAGUCGAUGAUGAAGAUCAAACAUCUUUAAAAAGUCUUACAAAGAAAUUUCGAUCCGAAAAAGGAGGUAGAAAUAAGCAAACAUUUAGAAAGAAAAAAGGAAAGUAAACAUCAUUGUAUUAAUUUUUGUUAAAUUUUACCGGUUGUAUGAAGA